AGUCCAUCUAGCUUGACAGAACUUAUUAUUCUGGGCAUUUGGCCAACACACUGCCAAAGAAGGCAUCCUCUGACAGCCAGAUAAUCCUCCCUUCCAGACCAGACGUAACACGAUGUCCCGUCCAUCACGUACUUGUGUGUCCCAUCCGCCUCUCUUGGGAGGACCAGUGCGACAGCACCGGCAGAGAUGUGAUGACCGUGCUUAGACUGGGAAUAUCUUCAGAGCACAAGUACCCGCAGCCAGACGUAAUGUGCAACCAGCCAACAUUAUACGCAGUGGUGAUUCAGCCAGACCAACGUAUAUAGACCCUUCACCCACCUGCCCACUGAUCCAAACUUCCAUAGUAACCAUCGCACACCUCAAAACCACAUCCCUCUCUAAUACUUACUAUCCCUACAUCAAAAUGAAACCCACCAUCCUCCUCCCUCUCCUCCUCCCUUUAACAACCACCCACCCCACCCCCCAAGACACCAUCACCACCAACACUAUAACCCCAGGCCACGCCAUAAUCCUCAACACCUGCGCCUUCCCCAUCUACGCAUGGUCCGUUUCAUCCACAGUCGGCCCGCAAAUCACCAUUCCCGCAGCUGCACCCGUCACCAGCAGCACCAGCAACAGCACCACCCAACAAUACUCCAACUACACGGAACCCUACCACCAUGAUGCGCAAACCGGCGGAGUGAGCAUCAAGCUCACGACUCUCCGGAACGGACUGUAUACGGGUGCGCCGCAAACAAUCUUCGCGUAUAACUUUGUCGAGGGCCAGGAUCAGGUGUGGUUUGAUUUGUCGGAUGUUUAUGGCGACCCGUUUAAGGGGAGGAGGAAUGCAAUCAACCCCCUAGUCAUCAUGGACAGGCCUUCCAAGCGGCCGCGGCUGUCAAUGGCCUGCAACAUCUGUCGUCAGCGCAAGGUCAAAUGCGAUGCAGAGUAUCCCAAGUGCCGCAAUUGCCGCCUGCGCAACCAACAGUGUAUCACCACCGAUCCCCAGAGACCAGGGGUGACUGGCAUUCGAGAAUGGCUGGAUAUACCAGACAAACAGACUCCCCAGAACGAUGAUCAGCCUCAGCAUCCGGCAGUGGGUGAUUCGAAUCACCAGGAAGCGACCGACACCCCACAGAAGCUGUCGCCUAAUGAGGUGUCGCCCGUGCAUCAUCCGUUCGACGUCUCGUUCAACGUCGAGCAUGGCACCGACAAGGUCAAGAUUAUGGGUGGAAGCAGUUCGCAAUGUUUGGCGAAAUCCCUCGAUGUCUACUUUAAGGCCGCCCGAUUGAAACCAGUAUCGGGCUGCUUCCGGUACGGAAUGAGACACGCGGAGGAACUCGAUCUGCCGUUGUCUUUGUCUUUGCCAGAGCUACCAGACAGUGACCGACGAGAACGCUAUCUAUCUGCCUAUAUAUCUCGCAUACACACUCUCUAUCCUAUCUUCAACACAACUCGGCUUCGCAUGGGUACUGAUCUCUUCGCCACGGCGGGUGGCUUCACCAAUCUUCCGCGCGAACAAAUUCCGCGAAUCGUAUCAGCGUACUUGAUCAUGAGUUUAGGAGCAGACGAGAUAGGCCAGGGCGCAACAGUAGACGGCGAUCGCUACUUGCAAGCAGCCGCGUGUCUGCUGUCCCAUGUUAUCAUCAUCCCGUAUCUCCCGACCGUGCAGACUUUGCUACUUUUCACCAUGGCAUACCGCGGGCGUAACCAGGAAGGUCUAGCCUGGCAGACUCUGGGCAUGGCUAUUCGGACUGCGUAUACACUGGGAAUUAACCGGACCUCUACCUCCAAUUCGGAAGGGAAGAACAUCGAGCGACGCGUGUGGGCCGUGUGUUGGUGUCUGGAGAAGAUGAUGCAUCUGGAAUCGGGACGGCCGACUGUCAUUGGAUAUCAGCAACCUAAGCCAGAAGAUGCUCUAGGAGAGAGUAAAUUCCUGAAGUGGCACAUCGAGCUUGGAGAAUACCAAGGCAAUAUCAGUCAUCAUCUGUACAGCCACCAAUCAGGGACAAGGGACGUGCGACAGAUCCUCUUGGACACAGCGCGACUAGACCGCGAGCUGCUAUCCUGGGCGAAUCGGGUCCCUACCGACAUGCGUCCGGGGAGUGAUAUUUUCUGCGCAGACGAGGAGUUUCAUGCAGCUGCUUUUCUGUCCAUUCAGUACCACAGCACCCUAAUCUCGCUGCAUCGUGCCGCCCUCAUCGCACCGACAUCGAGCUUUGAGGAAGAAGUAACGAAAUAUUGCUCCGAUGAGCCAUCGCAGUUUCGAAUGCGUCAUGGCGAGUCAAUCUGCGUGGGCAGCGCUCGAGCGAUUGCUAAACUUAGUGUUCAGCUGUCAGAACGCAAGACAGACUCGCAGACUAUCCCGGCCGGCCCAUCCCUUCUGGCUUGCAUUGUACUGGCUAUCUUUCUGAUUAAGCAUCCGGGUUCGCGGUUGCAGGCCAUGGAUUUGCAGCUUCUCAAGGCAUGUCUAGAGUAUAGUAGUCAGCACCUAUCUCGAUACGAUCCCGAUCCCCGAUUCAUAGAAGGUAUCGCGGCUAUCUACGAACAAUGCAACACCCAUCUCCGGUCCUGGUCGGCCGCAGAAGCCAAAAGGCGUCCACACAGUCGUGACAGCCUCACAAAACUAAAUCCACUUCCUACCCCAGCAGUUGACGAAGCGCUGCCACCUUGGAGGCCUACCGAAGUGAUGCAGCCAAGUGAUCUGCACAAACAGAGCAAUAGUGGAUACCAGUCCCAGCGUGUGAUACAAUCAGCCGUGUCUACACCUGCUAUAGACCAUGGCCAAGACCAUCUAGACUCAUUAGGAUUUUCCAGCACAUCAAUGCUAGAUGGAUUUGUCGCGGAGGGUGUCAACAUGGACCAAGUCUUUCCCUUCGAAGGAUACAAUGUGGAGGAGCUGUGGAAUUGGAUGGGAUGCUUAGAUAGUCCGGGAUCGAUGCCUGAUAUACGAUAAUUUUCUACGAGGGGAAUAAGAAACUGUAAC